AGCCCGGGCUAUCUCUUGUUCUCAGCCAGUGGCCACUGCUCACAACGGCCGAGUCGAAUGUGAGACGGCAACACAAACAGUAGCACGCCGCGGGCGCCGCGAUGGAAGCCUCGUCGUCCUUGCCGAUGCUCGCCGCCUCCAGCUUCCUCCCCCCGCCGCAGCUGCUGGCGCCGACAUGCCCCCGGCGGGCCAUCCCCUUCGUCCGCGUGACCGCGCAGACACUAGAAGUGCCGGAGGCGCCCAAAGCCCCGCGGCCGUCGCCUAGGCGCAGCGCCGUCGCCGAGGUCAAGGCCUCCCCCGACCCCGUAGCCGCGCUGAACAGGUUUGAGGAUGUGCUGCAGACACAGGACUGCAACAUAAUCUUGCGCCACUGCGGUGAUACCAGGCGCUGGGAUGACCUCUCUAAGGUCUUCGAGUGGAUGCAAGAGCGUGAAAUGACCAACGCUGCUUCCUAUAGCAGUUACUUCAAGUACCUUGGACUGAGCCGUGACCCCGCAAGGGCGCUGCAAGUGUAUGGUGCCAUCCAAGACCACCCGAUGAGGGUUCAGGUCUCCGUCUGUAAUUCGGUGCUUGGGUGCUUGGUGAAGAAUGGGAGGUUUGACAGCAGCUUCAAGCUCUAUGACGAGAUGAUACGUGAAGGUCUAUCACCUGAUCCAUUCACCUACAGUACACUGCUAUCAGGUUGCAUGAAGUUGAAGCAGGGUUACACUAAGGCAAUGGGAUUGAUCAAUGAGAUGAAAUCUCGUUGUCUUCAGAUGGAUAGUGUAAUAUAUGGCACUCUUCUGGCAAUAUGUGCAUCGCAUAACUACUGUGAGGAGGCUGAAGUAUAUUUUCAGAAAAUGAAAGAUGAAGGCCAUAGUCCUAAUCUGUUCCAUUACAGCUCCCUGCUGAAUGCAUAUUCAGAAAAUGCUGAUUAUGGAAAAGCUGAGAUGUUGAUGAAAGAUCUGAGGUCCUCCGGAUUAACACCAAAUAAGGUUAUGUUGACCACUUUACUAAAGGUGUAUUCUAAAGGUGGUAUCUUUGAGAAGGCUAAGGAGCUGCUGACUGAACUGGAAGCCUCUGGCUUUGCACAGGAUGAGAUGCCAUACUGUAUAUUGAUUGAUGGCCUUGUCAAAGGUGGGAAGAUAGAGGAAGCAAAGGUGCUAUUUAAUGAAAUGAAAGGAAAAGGUGUCAAAUCUGAUGGUUAUGCAUUUAGUAUCAUGAUUUCAGCAUUACACAGAGGUGGUCAUCAUCAAGAAUCAAAACAACUUGCAAAAGAAUUUGAGACCGAGAAUGCAUCAUAUGAUCUAGUUAUGCUUAAUACAUCACUGCGCACUUACUGCAGCACAAACGAUAUGGAGAGUGUAAUGAGUAUGCUAAAGAAGAUGGAUGAAUUGAACAUAUCACCUGAUAAUAUUACAUUUAAUACCUUGAUAAGGUACUUCUGCAAUGCAAAGGUUUAUCACCUAGCGUACAAGACGAUUGAAGAUAUGCAUACAAAGGGUCAUCAAUUGAAUGAGGAGCUUUGUUCUUAUGUAAUGGUACAGCUAGGAAAAGCAGGUUUUCCUUCUGAAUCAUUUUCUGUAUAUAAUAUGUUGAGAUACAGUAAGAGAACAGUACGUAAAUCUCUUCAUGAGAAGGCUUUAGGCAUCUUAAUUUCAGCAGAACUUCUCAAGGAUGCAUACAUAGUUGUUAAGGACAAUGCUGAGCUGAUAUCUCCUUCAUCUUUGGAGAAGUUUGCUAGAUCUUUCAUGGUAUCAGGAAAUAUAAAUCUUAUUAACGAUGUCAUGAAAGCCCUAAACCGCUCCGGGUGGCGUAUCAGCCAGGUCUUUUUCUGUGCAAAGGGAACAGUGUAUCCCUUAGUUUCUUCUGCAGCAACUAAAGAUAUCUUUGGGAGAGCAAUUCAGAGAUACAUCCGGAAGCCUGAUAAGAAGCAUAUGCUGCUGUGCCUCUUGGACUGGAUGACUGGACAAGGCUAUUCUGUAGACUCGUCAUCAAGGAACUUGCUUUUGAAGAAUGCACAACUUUUUGGCCAAAAUCAACUUAUAGCAGAAAUUCUUUCUAAGCAGCAGACAGCAUCCAGGACCAUUGGCCAAAGACACAAAAAAUGAUUUAGGAAAGAUUUUGUAUAUAUAAAUUGUUCGUAUCCAUCCAAGAAGCUCAUUCAUUAAGCCACAGUUUAUUGUGCUCAGAAUGAUCGAUCAGAUGACAAGGUAUCAGUUAUCAGCUGAUGUGCGGAUGUGCUUAGGCUCCUGCAACCACCUUCCAUUGGAAUUUCACAUUAUGGCAGGAACUUUCCUGUGAGAAUGCUUAUUACACGAGCAGUACAGUUGGGAGUGAAAUGGUACAGGCCAUGAUGAGAACCCAUUAAACCUUAGGGUUUGUUUUCUGAUCUUUCGAUGAAAGACGUGGAAUAACUCGAUUGAUGGAGGAGACGACGUUCACGGCCCGACUACAGCUUUCUAAGGAUGCUGCGCCUUAGCAACCGAUACACCACCUCCUAUGGUCGCCGCGAUUUCGUGGAGCACGACACCCGGUCACUAGGGUACUCGUCCUGCAAGCAAUCGAAGAACCAGUAAUAACAAGUAGAAUAAGUACUGAAAAUACGAGAUGUAAUUCUGAAUCUCAAUUAUGGUGUGGUUCUAGAAACAAGUAGACGGGCGGCUGAAUCAACACGCGCUAAGGAAGUAGCAAAAGCUAAACUUGCAUCUAACAAAAUUCGAGUAUUCUUGA